AUGGACGUGGUCGGCGAUGCGAGUGAGGACGACCUCGACGAAGAGCACGACCACGACCACGAUGGACAAGAAGCACAAGACGAUGAUAACAAUGGCGAUGACGAUGACGAUGACGAUGAUGAUGGCGAUGGCGACGACGAGGAGGCAAGUCCACGCGCAGGGCGACGACGGGCUGCUGCUGCUGUUGCUGCUAAACCGAAUCGGACUCGAGCCAAGCCGACCCGGCGUGGUGGUCGUGUCAAGGUUGAGCACGAUGAGGAUGCCAACAUCCAGAGCAAUCCACACGCAAGCAACGAAGUGGAUGCGAACAGCGAAGCUCUCAGCGGAGGCCGAAGCAGUGGUGGUGUUGGCAAGAAACCAGCCCCUGCUGCUGCUGCUGCCUCUGCCCCUGCCCCUGCUGCUGCUGCUGCUGCGCGUCGAAGGAGCCGAACAACCUCAACAAGCUCGACAAAGAGCCCAACAGCCGGUAGCAAGUCAUCGACAGACGCAGAUGCAUCUGGGAGCGAGGCAGCCCCGGUUCCAACGCCAGCAGUCUCGAGUGCGCAACGGGGACGCUCGUCCUCGACCCGUAAAAAGCGAUCAACCAGCACUUCGAGCACCGGUGCACGGACCGACGACGACGACCCCAGUCGCAAAACCCCUCCGCGGAAGAAGGUCAUUGAAGAGGCAGACACGGAUGAAGAUAUUGAGGUUGCAGAUGAUGAUGAUGUAUUGCCGGUCGCGGCAGCAAUCCGACCACCUGCUCCUGCUUCUGCUCCCGCUCCUGCCCCUGCCCCUGCCCCUGCCCCUGCCCCUGCCCCGGCUCCCGCGACCAUUGUUGUCCCUGCGCCAAUCUCAGCUGUCAGCCCUGAGAUGACCACUGCUGUUGUCGACACCGCUGUUCAACCUCCUGCAUCAUCCGCUGCGCAACCAAUGGACACCGCCCCGCUUGCUCCCGCUGAAGCCUCUGCUGCGACUGUGGCACACGAAACUGCUGCAUCCCCAGCGGGCUCUGCAGUCAGCGCCAUUCCCACACCAUCAACCACUCAACCAACCUUCCAAUCUUCUUCUCAAGCUGCAGACUCCCACCCCGCUUACCGGAUAGAGCACCCGUACACACGAAAACAUCGCCUUUCGGAAUCAGUGGACAUUGCGGAAUUGAGAGCAGACCUUGCCGGCAUUUCAUCGGAACAGCAAGCAAAGAAGGCCAGGCCUGACGACAUGGAUGACCUUGAAAACGACAACCAAGAUGGCGAUCUUGACGACGACGACGACGAUGACAACGGGGAUGAUAUUGGUGACGACGAUAUCGACGACUAUGCGAGCUCGACCGACGACGAACACAUGGAGAUUGAAGAAGUCGCGUGGAAAGCCGUUCGUGCAGCGGCAGCGAAGGCCGGAGUCACAGACAUGGACACCAUCGCAACUGCUGCAGCCGCAGCUGCCGCUGCGGCCAUUUCCACUGCUGUCAAAGAGGAGCAGCAGGCUGCUGCAGAAACGGCGGCCGCCGUCUCUGUCGCUGCGAAUUCGCCGCGAGCUCCUGCUCGACCCUCCACGCCAUUUUCUGCCGUCAAGCCGGAGGGUGUCGUCAAGCAGGAGGCUCCCAUCGAGUCUGCUGUACCUGCGACCUCGUCUUUGAGUGCCUCACUCUCAGCUCCAGCCGUCGCCACAGGCACCUCAGCCCCUAGCGUUCCGCCAGCACCCGUACCUCCACCAGUAUCGCAUCCUCCUGUACGCAGAGCAGCGGCGCAGAAAAACAUCAAAAACUCUUCUGGCGGCCACACCAUUUGCCAUGAUCCGGAAGAGCAGCGCCGAAACGAGCUCCAUCAACAAGAACUGCAAUUACAACAAUUCCAACAACAGCAGCAACAGCAACAGCAACAGCUCCAACAACAGCAACAGCUGCAGCAGACACACCACCACCACCACUUACAGCAGCAACAGCAACAGGAAGCACAGCAAGAUACACAGCCGGACGGGCAUCGGGUCAUCAAGGCGGAUACAAACGAGGAUGCGCUGAAUCACCAUGGUCAUCGUGGCAACGAGGGCGUGGACGACCAGCUUCCCGACGUGUGGCCAGAGAUUACCAUCGACCGCAACGCUGCUGGCGAGUUUGAAAAGCGCGCCAAUCGCGAGUUCUUCCUGGGCCGCAAGGGCAAGACGGAAGAACGCUACCUGCACAUUCGCAACUACAUUAUCGACCUUUGGGAGCGCCGAAAACCAAACUAUGUGACGCAAACGGCCGUGCGCCCUGGUCUGAAAAGCUGUGGCGACGUGAACGCCAUCGGCCGCGUCCACUCGUUUUUGGAGCGAGCGCAGGUCAUCAAUGUUGGCGCGGUCCACGCUGUGCCAGUGCGCCAGAAACCAGGUGGUGGCAUUGCCAUCCCGUCCUUGGACGUGAUUCGAGCAGGUUUGGAGGCAGCUGGAGGAGACGAGAAUGCUGCGCCAAAGCCGCCAGCCGCCCCAAAACCCGCCAGCGCACCCAAACCCAAAGCCGCUCCAGCACACCACCAGUCCCACCAGCACGACCAUUCCUCGCGACGAGACCGCGUGGUGAUUGCUGAGAUGGGAGGUGCAGCAUCGGAUUCCGACUCUGACGACCGCCACCUGGUCUCGACUGCCCUCGAUGUAGGCCUGGGCGCCGAUGGAUCAACAACGGCGGUUGUGCUUGCAGGCGCUCGUCGACGCCGCGUACGCGAUCAGCGCGGCAUCUGGGUGGAUGAACGGGAGAUGGAAGGCCGUACGAUCGAUGAGGAAGCUCGCCGACGCGAGCAGGAUCUCAAGGAAGCGCAGCGGCUCCAACGCCAAGAAAAGACGGCAGCGUACCACGCGCAGGUUGCCCAGCAAAAGCUGCUCAAGAAGGCGCUGCGCCAACAGGGCACGGGUGCAGAGAACUACCCUCGGUAUUCCAUCUACUCGCCUCCUUCCUCAGGCUUUGGCGCCACGCCGUCUCUCGAGGACAUGCAGUACGAAGGCUCGGAUCCGUUCUUGUUGGUGCCGUGCCGUGAGUAUUCGACGCCAGCUCCCGCCAGCCUCUCCCACCUGUUAUCCGCAUCCUUGCAGCAUUCGCUCGAGUCGCUCUCUCCGCAUGCCCCAGCACGCGCGCAAGUGGCGCCCCUACCACCCUUCCGUGUUCGCAUCGAGUGCAACCCUCUUCUUGUGAUGGACGUUCAUUCGCACAUUGCUCAGACCGAGGUGAUUGGCCUGCUUGGAGGCAACUUUGAUGCGGAUGCCGAUACCCUCAGCAUCACCACCGCUUUCCCCUGCCAUAGCCAGCACAGCACCGGCAUGCAGUGCGAAAUGAACCCGUCGUCCGAACUCGAGGCCCGCGAUCACUUUGCUGCGCGCGGUUUGUCCGUCGUAGGCUGGUAUCACUCCCAUCCUACAUUUGCGCCGCAGCCGUCCAAGCGCGACAUCGAAACGCAGACCAACUAUCAAACAUUAUUCGCGUCCAAUGGGCGUGAGCCAUUCAUUGGAGUGAUUGUGAGUCCGUACGAGCCUCGUGCGACCACAGAUGUUUCGGGCCUGAAUGUCAUUUCCAUUUCCAAAGAAUGGGAUGAUCACCACGAAUUCCGACUGCCCUACGCAUGUAGCUACAUGAUUGUGCCGUCGGUUGGCUCGCCCAUGGAGGUUUUGCCCACCUUUGCCAACCUGAUGGAACGUUACAAGGAUUAUUCCGAUCGCGUGGACAUGUUCCGAGUCUAUCGCGGAAUCGAAAACAAGACUUGCCUGGACAAGCUACUCGGCUCGCUUUCAAACAGACUCCUGAGCUUGGUGGCUGAUUCUGACCGCGAACUCUUCCUCAACCAAACUCGCGUCAUGUUCGGAAAGGCGUCCCUCGCGCUCCAUGCGGCCAAGCUCGGCUCUGUUGCGACACUCACAGCCGAAUCGCUGUUGAGCGGUACCGCCCUUAUUUCGUCGUCUCCUGCCGCGCCACGGCGUCUCGUCCCAACCUCCUCGUCGCACGUUGAGCUGCAAGACGAAGAUUUGGAUGAUGAGGACUUUUUGGAAGACGACGAGGACGAUGACGAUGACCUUGGCGACGACGACGACGACGACGACGACCAGGACGACGACGACGACGACGACGACGAUGCUGCGGACGAUCAUGGUCGAAAGAACGGUCCAGCGAGCUCUGUUGGCGGCAACUUUCACUCAUUGGGAGGCCUUGCUGGCUCAUCCAGCAGCUCGCACCACACCUUGUAUCAUCAGGCAAUGUUGCACCAGCAGCAGCGCCAUCAGGUGCUGAUGGCGAGUGGCGACGCCGACAUUGACGAUCUGGACGACAUUACGCGAUUGGAGCGGGAAGAAGACGAAGCCGCGACGGUCGCUGCUGCGGCAGCGGCCUUGGCCCGCGCGGCGGCUGCUGGCGAGCCUGGAGAUGCCACCUCCGCCCUCGAGCACGACGAGACACUACUUCAUUCAACUCUACCCCCUGCGUCCGCCAUUGCCAUGGCCAUCGACGCGACCCACCCUGGAACCCACGACGACAUUUCUCAGUUUUUGAAUGGCGCUUGAACGCGUUUUUUGGUUUUGUUUGUUUGUUUCUUCUCGCUUUGAUUUUUUUUCUUGUUCAUAUGAUGCUUUAUUCUGAUAUUCCUGUAUUAUCAUAUGGUUAUCCUGCUGGA